CCCGUCCAAUGUUGAAAACAACAUAAAUAAACCCUCUCCAACAAUUGAUUAGUCCUUGAGGGGCACGAAGAAACUAUUUUCCAGGAAUUAAUGUAGGCUGACAAAAUUAUGGGGAUGAAAAUAGCAAUUAGCACCCCAAUACAACAUUGAUGAUCCAUUAAAAAAUUUAAAUCCCCCAGGCGCAUGAUCAGAGCUCCCUACGUUUUCCUACAGAACCUAACGAAAGGUGGCCCCUGAAACAGAAUCGUCACAGAUUCGAAUGGAGAAUUGACUCGGGGCAUCUACUUUAUCGACAACAGUACACUGGUGGUAGACUUACUGACGACCGUAUUCUGUUGAACCGAUGAUUCCCUACGGUGCCAUCUUUCCCCAGGAUAUGCUAUCAACUUUCCGUGGACCUCCGAACGACCUUGUACCAGAUGAAACAUAACCCCACAAUAUUUGAGUGAUAAUAUAAACACCCCCUCAACAAUAGUGUAUUAUUUACAAAAUUGAAUGGAAAAUGACUGAAACCACAGAAUCUUCGGGCAAAGAAGCCGGAGCGGUAGUUAUAACUGAACAAGAACGUGAUUUAGCCCAAAAUGCUCUCGUGGAGUUUCAAAAACGCUCUUAUACUUCCUGCCUGACGUACCUGAACAAGUUAGAAGCCCUCAGGCCUAAAGAUCUGAAAGUGAUGCAUAACAAAGUGAUCGUAGAGUACUACAAAAAUGAUUUGAAAAAAACGGAAUUAGCCAGGAAGAGUCUGAAUGCCAUUUGUGGAGCACCGACUGCUGUGGACUCAUCUCCAGAUAGUGCAGACGAUGUAGAAAAAUGUGUGAUGAGAUUUAAUCAGGCUGUGCUUCUUUAUCAUACAGGACAGGAUGAAACAGCUCUUCAUAUUUUGACACGAUUAUUUGCACUUGUUGAACCCAUGGACGAAAAUUUGGCCUGGAACGUCUGUCUACUUCUCAUUGAGCUCCACAUCGUGACGAAGCGUUUGAAUGCUGCUCUUGCCCUCAUUAAUUACGUCGAGAGUCAAUUCAUCUGUUCUACGGACUCGUCAAAAUUAACUUCUUCCCCGUCAGUCCAAGACGGCCCACCAAAAGGCAUUGGCAUCAAAGAACUGAAGGAGAAGAAGAAGGAUAGCGUCGAUUCAACGAACGAUCUGUUCAGGCUGAAGCUACUAAAGUACAAGGCGAGGGUAUACCUUUUGCUUCACCAACCAAAAUUAUGCAGCAUGGAGUGGAAGCUGCUCGUUUCUUUAGGGACACCAGUGAGUAUCUCAACAAUAUUUCUCAAAGCGCAUUUGGAGUAUAUGAGGGGGAAUUUCAAGAAGUCAUUGAAGCUUCUCAAUUCCGCAUCAGAUAAUUUAGAAUAUAGAAUUUGCGGAGAAUCAGCAGCUGUUUUAUAUUACAACAACGUUGCUUGUAUAAACUACGCAAAUGGGAAACCCAAUCUCGCGGCAUUUUAUUUCCAAAAAGCUUUGGAAGAAAAUAGAAAAGCUGUAGAAAGUGUUCGAGUAAAAGAGACAGAUCCCCUGUCGUCUCAACCUCUCUAUACUUUAGGAGGUGAUCGACAUUAUGAACUGAUGUUCAGUCUGGGUGUAUCACUACUUCAAGCGGGACAGGCAACAAAAGCCUUCGACUGUUUCACUGAAGCUGCGCAGAGGCUGCACAAUAGUCCAUCCCUGUGGUUGAAAUUAGCAGAGUGUUGCAUAUACUGCCAUAAGCCCUCAAAUGAAGUGGACUUUGACAUUCCCAAAAGACGUGAGGAUAUGGUACAAAAAGUCGUUGGAACUGGAAUCCAUAGAAAAAUUAUUCUAGCAGCGGCCUUGAGUAAAGAGACCCAAUAUCAUGUGGAGAAUUUGUCGUAUGCGAUUCCACAACCGACACUAGAAUUCGGAAUGUUGUGUCUGAAGAAUGCACUCUUUACUCUACCAGAGGAAGACCAAUCGACAAGAACUUUCAAUAUACCGGUACCGGCUAAUCCAUCUGUCAGUUCAGCUGUCACAGCUGGUCUCCAAUCAUCGAUCGCGUCUCUAGCAUCGCCCGGUCAUAUUUUAGGCAAUCCUCCUCCAGCAGCCCCUACGGUACCAGUAACAUCGGAAAUAACGGCAGUUGAAUCUUCAAACCUAAAAAUCGCGAUCCUCGGAGCUUCCGCUUAUGUGUCGUUAUGUCUAGGGGACUACAUCGCGGCAUUAGAGCACUCAAAAUCUCUGCUAGCUAUUGAAAAACUUCCAGGGGCGUACAGGAUGCUAGGCAAUCUCUACGCCGCUGAGUGUCUCAUUCUGAUGGAUAGAAUUAACGAAGCCAUUAACCAUCUCAAAUUAGAAAAUUUUGAGGAUCUAAACACAUCGAUAUCGGUUCCAGACGCACUCGAUAGAGAUAAGACUCAAGAGAGGCUUAUUAAUACAAAAAAAUGGUUCCCUACCAGCCUCGUGACAGCAAAAGCGAUUCUGCGUUAUAAUUUAGCAGUGGCUUAUGCAACCAGAGGCGAACUAGAUAAAUCCAGUGAAACGCUUAAACAAGUUUGGGUAUCAAAAGGGCCAGACUGCGAUAUACCAAUACACGUGAUCAUGCUGGCACUGUAUAUUGAAUUGCAGAAAGGUAAUGUGGACAUCGCAAGAUCAAUAGUAAAGCUGCAUUGCCCUCAAUACUGGAGUUGAGGUUGACUACUAGUCAAACUGCCAUGUACAUUUUCAUUUAUUGUAAAUUUCUGAAUCACGUUUGAAAAACCUUUGGGAGGUGAAAUCCAUAUUUUGUCAUAAUUGAUGUAUCAAUUAAGAUUCAGAAUAAUCCCGCAAAAUCAUGAAAUAAAUAAUAAUCUUUGGUAAUUCGGAA